AUGAGGCUCACGACCGAGGAUCUUUACGACGUAAACUUCAACAGCGCCUUGCGAGGUGUAGCUGUGGGCAGGAAUGGUGUGAUCCUGAGCACAUGGAACGGAGGAGCCAACUGGCAGCUCAAUCAGGACUUUCCGAUCCAUCUUUACGGGGUGCAUGUGUUCCGCCCCCUUCAGAUCUACGUUGUCGGCGAUGGAGGAAGUGUAUUGUAUACCGACAAUGGCGGGGACACGUGGAAUCGACUCGCAACGAUCGAGGCGGUUGAUGUCCAAGGAAAGAAGGUCCUGCCCACCUUGAACGCUAUCCGCUUCACGGACAACUCCAACGCAAUUGUUGUCGGGCAGGCGAACUUCUGGUGGGUAACGUCCGACGGCGGUACCACGUGGACCAGAAACAACUUGACUGGUGUUCCCUGGAACGAACAAGGUGUGGUCAUGCGACGCCUAGCGCUGGUGAGUGUGUGUUGUGCUGGUGGCAAAAAACAUCGAUUCACCAAGUCGCAGGACGAGAUAGCACACUUUCUCACCGUCGUUGCUCAGAACCUUUCGAGAGUGGAGUUCUAUGGAUCCUAUACCCUCAACUUAUCAACAUUCGUGGUUGUUGGCAAUGAUGCAGAUAGAGGAAUCGUCUAUUCUUCUUUUGGCGCAUCCGAGGUUUGA